CCGUUAUCCAUUCAAUAUCACAAAUUGAUUCCUAACUAUGUUAAUUCCAUGCAUAUUAAGCUUUGAUAUUAUGUAAUCAAAGUAUAUAUUUUUCACCUCUUAAUUUUUUUCCCUUAUACCUUGACGUAAUAACAUUUUUUCCAUUGCAUGAGAUCAAACAUUAGUUUGCGUACAAUAUAAGUACACGACCUGGCAUCCAGCCCACUACUCAUAUAUACUUAUACAUUCGGCUAAGCAGCUAAGCUGAUUCCAUCGUUCUUUUAAAUGCUUCUUUGACUUUGUAAACCUUCAAUGAUUCAUUUCUUAAUUCAAAUGAACGCUAAUCUUUCUAUAAAUUUAAUAGUUUAUAUAUUUGAUCAGGUCUAAUUACCUCCUUGACAUCUCCUUUGGUUUCAUUGUAACUUUUAUAAUGUAAAUUCACUGAUUAUAUAUAGAGGUAGUUAAUUGUCACCAUAAACAAAACCAAAAGAAGCAAGCAAAUACUAUUAGCUAACAACCUGUAUACUAACAAGAUCACACCCUACCCCUUCCCCAAAUAAGUUAAAAAAAAAAAAAAAAAAAUCAUGGCUGGCGAGCCAGGAAGUUCAAUGCACGGGGUGACGGGGAAGGAGCAAUCAUUUGCCUUCUCCGUCUCCCCUUCGGAGGUCCCUGUGGACUCCGCGGCCAAGUUUGCUCUGCCAGUGGAUGCAGAGCACAAGGCCACAAAGUUCAAAAUUCUUUCCUUGGCCAAACCACACAUGACGACAUUUCACCUAAGUUGGAUAUCUUUUUGUACAUGUUUCAUAUCCACUUUUGCAGCCGCACCUUUGGUCCCUAUCAUAAGGGACAACCUAAGCCUUACAAAAGCGGACAUAGGUAAUGCAGGAGUUGCUUCCGUCUCAGGAAGUGUCUUCUCUAGGCUCGUCAUGGGUACACUUUGCGACCUCAUGGGGCCUAGGUACGCAUGCGCCUUCCUAGUCAUGUUAAUUGCCCCAGCCGUGUUUUGUAUGUCGUUGAUAACUGACGCAUCUGGCUAUGUAGCCGUAAGGUUUAUGAUAGGGUUUUGUCUAGCAACCUUUGUGUCGUGCCAAUAUUGGAUGAGUACCAUGUUUAAUGGACGUAUUAUUGGCCUCGUCAAUGGGACUGCGGCAGGAUGGGGUAAUGCAGGAGGUGGGGCGACUCAACUUCUAAUGCCUUUGGUUUAUGCGAUCAUCCGUCGUGCAGGUGCUACGUCCUUUGUAGCAUGGAGAAUUUCCUUCUUUAUUCCUGGCUUGCUACACAUUGUUAUGGGAAUUUUGGUGCUUACUCUUGGUCAAGACUUGCCUGAUGGUAACCUUGGUGCCCUACAAAAGAAGGGUCAGGUUGCCAAGGACAAGCUUCCUAAGGUGCUUUGGUAUGCAGUCUCCAACUAUCGAACAUGGGUUUUUGUACUUCUCUAUGGCUACUCCUUAGGUGUGGAGUUGACAACCGAUAACAUUAUUGCCGAAUAUUUUUUCGACAGGUUCGACCUCAAUUUGCACACGGCGGGAAUCAUAGCGGGCAGCUUUGGGUUGGCGAACUUCUUCUCCCGUCCAUUGGGAGGGUUAGCCUCGGAUUAUAGUGCCCGUUACUUUGGUAUGAGAGGCCGACUUUGGACCUUAUGGAUCCUCCAAACUGCGGGUGGAUUGUUCUGCAUUUGGCUUGGCUUAGCCAAAGACCUUGUGACGGCUAUAGUAGCCUUAAUCCUAUUCUCCCUAGGGGCUCAAGCUGCUUGCGGAGCCACCUUUGGGGUCGUGCCCUUUGUCUCGCGACGAUCCUUGGGAAUUAUAUCAGGGCUCACCGGGGCAGGGGGAAACGUGGGAGCAGCAUUGACACAAUUUAUUUUCUUCACAGGAGAACGUCUUAGAACCGAAGAAGGUCUAACUUACAUGGGAGUUAUGACCAUUGCAUGUACUCUCCCGGUUGCCCUUGUACAUUUCCCGCAAUGGGGGAGUAUGUUUUUCCCUCCCUCUAAGAGUGCUACUGAGGAAUCUUACUACACGUCCGAGUACACCAACAACGAGCAAAGUAAAGGGAUGCACGAGAGGAGUGUCAAAUUUGCUGAAAGUGCGCGAUCUGAGCGUGGGAGGAAGGGGAAUUCUACUGCUACUCCUAACCAAACUCCAUCCCCUAACAAUACUUGAUUAGUUUUGUAAUGCAUGCUUAUUUUGUAUGGUUUUGGCCUUAAAACUUAUCUCUUCUUCCAGUUAAUUUGUUAUAGCAUACCUACUCUACAACUUGACUGUUUGUAACUCUCGUUGGUUGAUUUGUUUAAUGCAAAAGAUUACGGGUUUAUGUUGAUA